AUUACAAAAUUAUAAUAGGGAAGUUGGAGAGCAUAAAACCCCCUUUUAGGAGAUCUCCUUUCUCUUCACAACUUGACACACAAAUUUAUUUGUUUUCUAAUUAUUUUUGGAAGAGAAAGAAUGGGAAGUUGUUAUUUUGGUGAACCAAAGUUAGGAAAUGAAAGAUCAUCAUCAAGAAAGAGCAAGAAGAGCAAUUCAGAGAAACCAAAACAACCACAAAGAGGUCUUGGUGUUGCUCAACUUGAGAAAAUUAGAUUGCAUACUCAAAUGGGUUGCAAUACUAAUUACAACCCUUAUCCAUCAACUCCAUCAAUUUCAUAUUCAUCAACUUCUUCUUAUGCUUUUACACCACAGCAAACCAUUAUGAUGGGAUUGGGGGACAUUGAAAGAGCAAAUAUUAGAUAUGGAGAUUCCCAGCCACCUUCAACAGCUAGUGCUUGGCAUCCUGGUACAGUGUAUGAGCCUCAGCAGUUUGCUCAGCCAAACAUGAAUAGAUAUCUACUUAGCCUACAAAUAGAGGAGUCAAUGGAGAAUCGAACCAGAAAUAAUAACUCAAUUGGAUCAAGUACUAGUCAUAUCUCUGAGUCAAACGGCGACCAUGAAUUAGAUUUGGAGCUGAGGCUUUCAAUUUAAUUUGAUUUAACAGCAACUCUGUGUCUAUCGAUGAUCGUCAUAUUAUAAGCGUAUAGACUUUAUGUAGAUUUUAGAGCAACAUUUGGCUUCGUCUCUUAACAAAAAGUUAAAGCAAUUUAUGGAAAUUUGUUAAGUCUCUUCUGGAAUAAUUGAAGGGAGUUCACUUUUCAUCAAACUAUGAGAA